UGUGGAACCUGUGUCUGUACCUGCCUGUUCGCCUGUGUCUCAAUCUACAGCUGUCUGAAGCAUACUUUACUUGUCUCUUUAUUUUCUAUGCUAGUAAUUCGUCUGGAUAAUACAUCUUUGUGAAACAUUUACCCUCUGAAGUGGAGUAGUUCUUUGUUUUGUGGAUAAAUUAAUUUGUUCUGACAUGGCUGACUACAGUUCUCAACAGCCAGCAUCCUCUAAGAUGGACUCAGUGCAGGGCCAAGUCAAUGAAGUUAAAGUUAUACUCAAAGACAACAUCAACAAAGUACUGGAGAGGGGAGAGAGGUUAGAUGACUUGGUUGACAAGACACAUGACCUACAAGCAACCGCAGACUCCUUCCAGAGGACAUCUACGCGGGUAGCCCGGAAGUACUGGUGGAAGAACGCCAAGAUGAUGAUCAUCAUUGGAGUGAUAGUUCUGAUCAUCCUCAUCCUCAUCAUCCUGUUUGCUACAGGUGUCAUCCCCAGUUAAAUUGCCUCACAGACUCCUACAGUACUACAUUCUCGCUAAAAGGAAUAGGAUGAACCACAAUCACCAACAGUCAUGUUUUGAAUUUGAUGAAACUGUAGUUUCAUUCUGGUCUUCUCCCCAAGGCUCAAGGUGGAUUAUGUAUAGUAUCGUGACAAAAUAUAACAUUUCACAUUAUGACUUCUGUAAAUAAGCAUCCUGGAAUUUGUUUGAUUGUUUUUAGAUUAUAUCUGUUCAUUUGAUGUUUAAUAACAUACAUCUCAUCAUUUUUGUAGAUACAUUUGAUUGUGUAUUUUUGUCCCAAGAGAAACAUUACAGGUAAGGAGCCUCUUCCCACAGCAUUAGGGUUCAUUGAAUGCUUUAUAUUUGUGCUUAAAGGGGCAAUCUGCAGUUGCUACAUACAUUUUCUGAUUUAUAAGUUAAUGAUUUAUACCCAUUGAUUCUUGAAGAAUAUAACUUAUAAAUGCCUCAUGAGCUUAGUUCAACUGUCGUACCCCAUCAGAACCCAAAAUAUUAGCUUGUUUUACUUCAAUGUUUGUAAACAAACACUAUAUCCUCAAACCAUGGUUAAAACUACAAAUGCUAUAUCAUGGAUAGUCAGUCCUUUCAUCCAUGGCACCGUCUAUGAAUUUGAGUAGUUACAUUUCUCCAACCCCAUCCCUCAACUUUUAACCGAAACAGGGGGGGGGUCGCUUUGUUAUUGUUUCAACUGCUGAUUUACUGCUUUAGAAAUGAUGGCCACAAUAGUUCACUUCAUUACAGUAUACAGUUACACUCCACUAGCAAUAUAAUACUGUCCAAGGGUAAAGCUUAAUGUAACAAACAGUUCACACUGUAAAAAAAUAAUCCAUUUCAAUUUCAGAUACGUUUUUUUAUUUAAAUGUUUUGAUGAUUUCUGAAUGUUCUAUAUUUCUGUGUACCAUGUCAAAUAUAUAUGAACAAAAUGUUUACUUGUGAUAACUACGAUAAAGGAUGUAGAUUUAUUUAAGGGCCCAUUUGCUUUUGACCGCAAUAUAAAUCAUUUAUUUUCUGGCCCUGACCAAUCCAAUUUUAUUUAUCGAAGACAAAUUUCCACCUCAGGGACAAUUAAGUAUCCUAGUCCUAUUUGGGUUUCAAUAAUGGUAAUUUAUGCCUUAACAAAAAGCAAUUUACAUAGAAUAUUACACACAUUUAACAAAAGGGAUAACACUGAGCGUAAGUGAACAAUCAACUCUUAAAUAUAAUUCUGCAUAUAUUCCUUUCACACAGUGUAACUCAAUACAAGACGAAUAGGAAACUUUUAAAAGCUUUGCAAGAAGAAACAACGAAAUACAACACUGAACAUAAAUUCAAUGUGCGUAGAUCAACUGAAUAGUCUGAUUGUGUCCUGUCUCAAGCCGUCCAUAAUAAAGGAAACUCUUGACUGAAACCUGUCACUUCGUCUGCCAACGCUCCUUCACAAGAUAUCCUUCAAUCUUCCAUCCUGAAAAAGACAAAACAAGUCAAACUGUUAAUGAUGAAGGUUACUACUAGUAGGGCUACAACUAAAUGUCAAAGGAAUCCCGUCUUUACCAUUUCCAUUAAGAAAACACAAUACAAUAGAUAAAAAUAUGUCUUACAAUUAAGAAUUAAAAACAAGUUAGUCCAUAAGCUAGAAAUCCUGAAGUGUGACAAAUUAAAGAGUUCAAAGCCCAAAUACAAAACCAAUGAGUAAAGCCUUCAAUUGGUCAAAAAGAUACACAUUAAAGAAAGCAUUACAUGCAAAUUUCCAGGAAACGUAGAGAUACUUUGAUACUUUCUCAAAAGGUUAAAAAGAGAAUUUUGUUAGAGGAAAAUUAACGUUUAAAGGAGAAGUUUUCCCACCGCUGUCAGUAACACAAGCAAACAAUACAAGUACAAAAAUAACGCACUUCUCCAACGCAGUAGCAUCCAAGUACAAACCAGGUUUUAGCUCAUGGACUACUGGCUAUUACUGCUACAAGAGCUAAAUAAAGAAAAGCAAGAAUUACAGGUAUGAUUAGGAAUGAAAAAGACACUGGAAAGUCCAGAGAAAGCCGUGUCCUUUGAAAAGUAAAUAGUUAUUUUCUCAGUAUCAUGUUGUAAUUUACCAUUACUUGACGGGGGAGUAAGGGCCUGUAAAAAAUGGCAUUAAAAUUACAUAAUUUGUAUUUAAGUUUUACAUUACAAAAAAACACAUUACAGAAAUUAAACAAAUGAAAAUAAAAAAAGUGGACAAAGCCGGACAUGUCCCACUUAGUUUUUAUUUACAAUGCUGAGACAGGAUGUUGGAAGACCAUACCAAAUGGCAGCAUUCGAGAGCGUACGCCUCUCGUACCCGGUCCGCAUUGAGCGGGCCAGAGAGUACCGGGGAGGUCAGCUCAUGGCCUGCAAGGAAUCUCCGCUGGCAGGUACAAACAAGGUAUAUGUCAGAGUUAGGAGACAACAUUAUUAUUUUCUCUCUUUCACUCUCUUUUCCCUUGUAAAUCCUUAACUCUUGGUAUCCAUUUUACUGUAGUAAUAGUAGUACUAUACCUGUUAACUUUACAGUUACAAAAUGGCUUAUAAGAGGCAGCAGAAAUAAUUCACCAAAAAAAGACUGUAGCCUCUAUGUUAAGACUACUGUAAAGCACUUUUCAGGUGCUGUGAAAAACUAUAAAGAGAAAAACAUUAUGAGGGUUUAUUAUUAUUAUUAUACAGAGGUAGAUACAUUGCACAUGAUCUAGGCUUGUUGUAGGUGACUUAUAAAACAUACCUGUCUGUGGGUGUGGUACUUCUGUUACAUCAAUACGGCUUGUAAUUGUUUUGGUGACCACCUCGCCUGGGGGACUUCCCAUAACCGCCCUGCUGGUCUGCUGAUUGGACACAAACACACACAGAAAAAACAUAAUUAUAUGAGUAAAUGAUAGUUCUAGCUCUUAGUAAAGAUAGUAGUACAUAUUCUAAAUCAGUCAUUUUCAUUACAUAUUUCCUUUGUUGUGUUGAAUAUUUAGUAAUUUAGGAAACAGAAAACAAUGAAUAAAGGUAAUGCGUUUUUAACAAUA